AUGACGCACAUGAAAUCCCUCCCACAAUGCACUGCUUACACCUACGGAGUAGUUAGGGAGGAGAACAACGGAGAGGCUAGUCGGACCCAAAUAAAACCAGGUGGAAAUUGUGUAGUUGUAAGUCACCGGGAAGCGUGCUAAGGAUAGUUUUUGUCAAUUUACAAGACUGCUGAAGAGUUGAGGCCUGAUGCAGCGGUGGUAUCCACUCCUAGUGGCAGCUGGUGGCUGUGCUUUUUAGCAUCAGCUAGCCGGUUAGCAGGCACUCACUGACGGGGGAAGCCGUGUGAAAAGCUGCUGGUAAAAUCAAACAGCAAACAACGGGAACAAACAAAGGAAAGAAAAUAUUUUAAAUUAAUAUUUAAUCCUCGAAAUUACGUCUGACAUUACGAAAAGGGACUGUUGUGUCGCAAUAAGCAAGUUAGCAGUUAGUUUGUUGAGACUAGCCAACUUUACGUAGCUAUUGUUAGGUGGUCCCAGACUGACAUCUGUAAAUACUGGCUUUGGGUAGCUUUAGCUAACAUAGCUAGAAAGACACAAUGAGCUCUGAGGAGACUGCAGCGUCCACUAAAGCCGCUCCGGAGGAUGAUGGCAUGACAUGGUGGUACCGAUGGCUCUGCAAAAUAGCCGGGGUUUUGGGAGGAAUAUCCUGUGCCGUCUCAGGAGUGUGGAACUGUGUCACUGUGAACCCUUUAAACAUUGCUGCCGGAGUGUGGAUGGUGUUGAAUGCCUUCGUGCUGUUCCUGUGUGAAGUCCCAUUCUGUUGCCAGUUCAUAGAGUUUGCUAAUGCAGUGGCAGCCCGUGCAGACAAACUCAAACCCUGGCAGAAAGCCUUCUUCUACUGUGGGAUGGCUCUGUUUCCCGUAUUCUUGAGUUUCUCCUUUACAACCUUGUUUGGGAAUGCCAUCGCCUUUGCUACAGGAGUUCUGUACGGCCUUGCAUCUUUAGGCAAAAAGGGAGACGCGGUGACUUAUGCCAGACUGCAGCAUCAGAAACAGGGGGACGAAGAGAGGAUGGCAGGGACGACAAAUGGUGCUCCGGAGUGAGGAAUCUGCCUCACCUCAUCCUCCUCCUCCUUUGUUUUCCUCAGCUCUUUCUUCAGUUCCUGGCCUCCACCCAUCCUACCUCUUCCUGCAUCUUCCCUCCCUCACUAUCAUUUCUGUCACUACAUAACAAUGGUACCAAGUUUAUUUAUUUAACUGCUGCAUUCUUCUUGUCCUGACCUAACAGCAUCCAAACAGAUUGAUGUUGGAUUCAGUCCAUUAUUUGGUACCUGGUGUGUAAAUGGGGUGAUUCCUUGACAUGAUACCAUAGAUUUUAAGUUUUGUUUUUACAUUUUUAAUUCUUCUUAUGGUUUCUAUUUAUUAUUUGUUUCCCUUUGUUGUUUGUUGCUGCUGUUAGUUGUAAACCCUCUUUGCAGGAAAAAUGUGAGGUACGUGUUUAUAGUCCAGACGCCUUUCAGGAAAUCUGAACAGAAAUUAAUGUGAUUGUAAAAUGUACAUAACUGACUUCAGGUUAUUCACUAUGACUGCAAGGCUGUGAUUCAGAGUUGUCUGACUUAGAGAGUGCAGUAGGUGAAGAUAAGUCAGUAAUCCAUGGGCAUUGUGAAGUUUGGGGCCAUUGGGUUUACAUUCGACACAGACCAUCUGCAUUUAAUGUAUGUGAAAGUAUAAAUGCGUCAUAUCAAAAGGUCUGGGAAUGUUCCUUUGAUGGAAACAGCCUAAUAGAAGAGAAAAUCUGUUUUUGUAUUGGAAUCCUAAUUUAAUGCAGAUUUAGCAGCCAGUAGAAUAAUAUCCAGUUAUUACAUAUCUAUUUUUGUUGAAAGAAACUGCCUGAUUUUUUUUCGUUUUUUAAAUCUUUCAGACUGACGAUUACAACGCAAAUCUAUAACCAAAAGUGUUACCAUAAGUAUUUGUUUCCCUCUUUCUAUGUCAUUAAAUCUGACCUCAUCCGGACUGCUUUUGGGUGUCUGGACAGCCUCGAAACAGUUUCUGCUGGUAAGGAUAUUUGUGAUGAUCGUUAAGUACACGGUUAAGGUUGAAGCUUGAAGUAGAAUUUACUUUCAUCCAAAGAGAAGUAUUGUGCUUGCUGAAAGAUCUUUGGAAUUACUCUGGAAAAUCCAGCACUAUGUGUUUGACAGGUGCUUCAUGCAAAUUACAAGUCUGAAAUAUGAAUAUAAACUGAGUGAUUUUGUGUGACAGUAUCACACCUAUUCUGCACAUGCAACUCUGAACUGCAGCCUGAAUGCAUUUAUAAAUGUAGAUUUGAGGCAUUAUGGGUGUGUUUAAAAUUGGGGAAUGUAUCUGGUAUACCCAAAGAUAGACUUUUAGAUUUUUAGUUGUUUUUUUGCUUUCAUAUGUUCAUUUUUAAGCUCAGUUAAAGCUCCUGCACUAAACUUUUGGUAGCAUGGAUAAAGGUGGAAUCUUAUUAAAAGCUUUCAGUGCAUUGGUCUGCUUGUUUACGUACGGUUCCUCAUGUUUGAGCAGCCAGCAGCCAAGUUGUGGCUGCAGAUUUUGUGGUACAUUAUGUACUGAAAAACUGGAAUGUGCGCUUACUUAGUCUCCCUCCAUUUUGAAACAAUGUUGUAAGUUUAUUUUUUUUCAGUCACUGAAUAUAUUCUGUGUUUAUUAUAAGUCUUAAUUAGUACAUUACUCUACCAAAACCCAUUAAAUUUUAAUGAGGGGAAGUGUCUUGAUUCAGGGACUAAUUGGUCUGUAUCCCACACAGUCAUCAGAGCCACAUCUUGCCUUUGUCAGUCAAAUGAGGUAUGCAGUGGUCAGCAAUAUACAGUUUGUGUUUGUGUUGUUUUGUUGCCUUGCCUCUGUUUUGUCAUCUGUAAUAAGGAUGCUUUGGGAAUAACUGUUUACGCAUACCUCUUACAGCUGUUUAUGUCUUACGUCUGUUACUAGCUGGUCAGUGACUGGGUGGAUUAUUCACACAUUACCACCAGCUCUCAGGUGUCAUACUUAACAAUGCACAGCGUACAGAUACAGUUAAUAAAGUAGUGUAUGCAUAGAUCAUAGAUAUAUGGUAGCUAGCAUAAGCAUGGCUCUUAUGAAAUCACUGUACCAGAGCCAAUGGAAUAGCAUUUGUGAGGCAUUCACAACCAGUGCUCACAAGUAGUGAAACACUACAUACACACCAGCGAUAUGCUACAGUCUGAAACUACACACUCCUAUACAGUUUGACUGUGAUGUGAAAACACUGCUUUCCUUGUCCAAAGCUAUCCAUCCACACCUCCAAGUUUUAUUUUAUUAUAUGACAUGCAUCCAGAACUUCUAUGAAUUGACUGAUUCUACACCUGCAGGUGUUGAGUGUCCUCCGCUGUGAGGGGUAUGUGUAUAAUGUGUGUCGUGAUGUGAAUCCUGAUCCUGUUACAAAUUAGUGAAUUAAACAAACUUGCUUCUA